AUGAAUGAUUCAGAAAAUACUAUUUGUACUGAAUAUAAAACUAGAGUGGAAGGCACUCACAAUAGUAUUAGUUCUAUACCACUAAGAACCUGCUUGAGCCAGGCUAUUCUUGAUAGAUACAAUAGACUCAAUUUAUCAUAUUAUAAAAAAAUGCAUGUGAUUCUUUAUUCUUUAAACACUCCAAAUAAAGAUGGUUCUAGAUUUAGAGUUAUUAAUAAAUAUACAUAUGGGCCAGAAUUACUUGAAAAAUGUAGAAGACUAGAAGAACAAAACCCAUAUGUAGCCUAUUUAUACUUGAAUCUAACCGUUACAUAUAAUGCUUAA